UGAACAUUCAUCGUGAUUAGAAAAUGCUCCAUACCUUGGAGUGCAGUGGAGACAUAAGAAUAAUUUUAAAUGCAAAUUAAAUUGUGGGGGUAGCAAAGAGAACAGAUAAAAGACAGUAAAACAAAGCCUUUCACUUUCCUCAAAUUAGCAAGCUAAUGUAGUAUAGAAAAAAAAAAAAAAGCAGUUCUACUCAGAUCUGUGCUAAGAGCUUUCAUUUCAUCAUAAUAUAAAACAGCAGAUCCAUCACCUUUCUCUAUUCAGUACUCUUGAUUUCGAGGUUGAAGUGAAAAUUAGAAGCUGUUCAUUCUGGCUCACAGACUGGGUAGCAUUUACUUAGUCUUAUUGCAUGACAGUAGGAUGGAAAGAGGUCAGUAACACUGGAAUCUGACUGAUCAUCCAUACCGGAGUAUUGUAGAAAAACAUAAAGUUCCUUCAAAAUGGACUACUUUUUGGAUGUCGAAUCUGCUCAGAGACUGUUUUACAGUCAAGGAGCUCAAGCUCGUCGGGCAACGCUUCUCACCGUGCCCACUCUGAUGACAGCGUCUUCUGAAGAUGACAUAGACCGGAGACCCAUCAGAAGACUUCGGUCUAAGAGUGACACUCCUUACUUGGAAGAAGCUAGGAUCUGCUUCAACCUUGAUAAUGCUCGCCGGCCACGCCUGCUCACCGUGCCCACAUUAAUGGCGGCAUCUUCUGAGGAGGACAUCGACCGCAGACCCAUCCGCCGCGUCCGCUCAAGAGCGACACCCCCUACCUCGCCGAGGCCCGCAAUCUCCUUCAACCUCGACACAGCUGAGGAAGUGGAAAGACUGGCUGCAAUGCGUUCAGAUUCUCUAGUACCUGGGACUCACACACCUCCAAUCAGAAGAAGAAGCAAAUUUGCCACUCUUGGGAGGCUUUUUAAGCCAUGGAAGUGGAGGAAGAAGAAGAGUGAAAAAUUUAAGCACACUUCAGCAGCUUUAGAAAGAAAAAUGUCAAUGAGGCAAAGCAGAGAGGAGCUUAUAAAACGAGGAGUGCUGAAAGAAAUUUUUGAUAAAGAUGGGGAACUUUCCAUACCAGAUGAAGAAGGAGCUUUGGAGAAUGGGCAGCCUUUGGGCUCCGGGCAAGUUCUGAGCUCCAGCCAGGUAUCCCUGCCAGCCCUAGCAGAACUGGAGUCAGGUCCAGCACCUGGGGAACCCUGUUCAUACGAGGUGCUCCCAACCACAGAGAUCAUGGAUGGGACAGUGUCUGAAGAGAGCCCCACAUCCAAUGAAUCCAGCGUCCUUCUGUCCCAAGAUCCUACAGCUAAGCCAGUCCUGCUACUUCCCCCAAAAAAAUCUGCUGCUUUCCCUGGAGACCAUGAGGACACCCCAGUGAAACAGUUGUCCCUCCUCAAACAGCCCCCUGCCCUGCCUCCUAAACCUAUUGCCAGGAUUGCCAGCCACUUAACUGAUCCUGGCGCUCCUGUGAAACUGCCUUGUAUGCCAGUUAAACUGUCACCUCCACUACCUCCAAAGAAAGUCAUGAUUUGCAUGCCUUUAGGGGGGCCAGACCUCUCUCUCUCAUCCUAUUCCACACAGAAGAGCUCCCAGCAGCCUUUGACCCAGCACCAUCACACUGUCCUGCCAUCCCAGUUAGCAGCUCACCAGCACCAGCUCCAGUACGGCAGCCACAGCCAGCACCUGCCUUCUGGGUCCAGCACGUUGCCCAUUCACCCUUCAGGGUGCCGGAUGAUAGAGGAACUGAACAAAACACUAGCCAUGACCAUGCAAAGGCUAGAAAGCAGCUCUGGUUUACACACAGGUGACAGUGUUACAAAAACAGGACCUACGGGCCUUCCAGACAUGAGACAAGUGCCAACUGUUGUGAUCGAAUGCGAUGACAAUAAAGAGAAUGUGCCUCAUGAAACUGACUAUGAAGAUUCUUCCUGCCUCUACCCAGGAAGACAGGAAGAGGAAGAAGAUGAAGAGGAGGAUAACUCGUUAUUUACAAGCUCCCUGGCAAGGAAGAUCUGCAGGCAGGACUCCUUAGCAAUCAAACUAAGCAACAGGCCUUCCAAGCGAGAGCUGGAGGAAAAGAACAUCCUCCCCAUGCAGACUGAUGAAGAGAGGCUUGAACUUAGGCAGCAGAUUGGGACAAAGUUAACAAGACGACUGAGCCAGAGGCCAACUGCUGAAGAAUUGGAGCAGAGGAACAUACUGAAACCCCGGAAUGAGCAAGAGGAGCAGGAGGAAAAACGAGAGAUAAAGCGAAGAUUAACACGUAAGCUGAGUCAGAGGCCCACGGUAGAAGAGCUACGUGAGAGGAAGAUCCUCAUCCGCUUCAGUGACUACGUGGAAGUGGCAGAUGCACAGGACUAUGACAGGAGGGCGGACAAACCCUGGACACGACUCACAGCCGCCGACAAAGCAGCCAUUCGAAAAGAGCUUAAUGAAUUUAAAAGCAGUGAAAUGGAAGUUCAUGAAUUAAGUAGGCAUCUAACAAGGUUUCAUAGACCGUAGCAGUUCAAUUCUACCUGACUACUAUGCCAUCUUCAAAACAUAACUAUAAGGAACCAUAAGUGCUGGUAUUAUUCACUUCCCCGUUACGUACAAUGUAAAUCUUCUGAACUGCCUUUUAAAAAAAAGAAGAGUAGAAAAAUAAAUAAAUAUUAAAAAAAGAAAAAUUGUAUUUACAUGUGAUGGGUACUGCAGCAUCAUCAGACCUGCUGGUUCAAGCUUCAGUAACAGAAAAUACCCCUGGUGGGAAUCGUGCCAAGACUUGGCAUCUAUGUAUAAGACUUUCCUGGCAUGUGGAUUUGCCAUACAUGUUCAAGCUCAGCUGGUGGUGCAUCUAUUUCGUCUUCAGGCACCCCUCAUCCUGACAAGCCUCUGUCAUCAACUCUAGAGAGCCCUGAGAUGGCAUUCAGGGAAGCACUGGCCUGGGUGAAGUCUCCAAAAGACGAGCACCUAUGACACUACAGCACUUAAACCAAACACUCCUUUCAGGCUGCAAGCACCUUACGGGGACAAUGAAGGAGCAAAACUACUCUAUGGGCCAGCCCAUCUGUGAAUACCAUCUGACUAGAAAGGCUUUUCUUUCCCUGGAGAAGUUUAUGGCCAGUCAAUAGGCAUUGUUCAGCUCCCAAGCAGAAAAAGGCGUCAGCUGUGAAGAACAGGACACCCUACUGAAGGCUGGUUCAGUUCUACCAACUGUUUAUUUGUCAUCUCUGAUUUUCUAAACCCAGUUGUGAACCCAUCAGCAGUAACGACAAGAAUGUUGAGGACAGACAAGCAAAACCCAUCUCUUCAUGGUCACUGCAUGGCAUUCGCUCAGCUUGUAGUUUGUUUUUACACCCAAGCCUCGUGACUGUGUGAGAGCCGACACGCACAUGUGGCAGCAAGGCUGGGAUUUGCACCGGCUCUGCAGAGGGACAUGUGAUAGAAGGAACUGAGGAUUCGGUGAGCAAUAUCUAUCCUCGCUGUAUCAGGUGUUUCAAGAACUGAUCCUAAACUCACACUGAGAAAAGCGUGACAGAUUGUGUUACCUGACCUAACAAAAGGAGUGUGGUGCAUUGGUAUGGAUGGUGGGACUUGUCACUGGCACUCACAGCUGGGGCAUAAGGACAGCAAUUCAGAAGUGUUCUGGUUUGGUUUUAAUUUAUUUUUAUUAUAGUGGUUUAGCACACAAACUGACCAAGUGAAGCUCAGAGAGCGGGUCACUCUGGGCCUGGUUUACCUGCCAAUUACAACACAUGCUUAACACUAAGAAAGCAUGGAAACAGCCUCACUGAAUUCAACAACAUGUCUGACAGGCUUAAUUGAAGCUGAACACAUUCAAGUGCUUUUCUGAACUUAGGCCAGCACCUUCCAGAAUCAAGUCCUUAACUAGUAUAACGCCAGCAAGCUGGGGCAAACAUUGUCUAGAAAUCCUUUCCAGCUCUUACAAGCAACUAUUAUGCCAUUGUUUGGGUCAGUGGCCCAAAGCACUGUAGCAACUUUAAGAAGCUCCAGAUUAUUACUUCAGGACACCUUUUUUCUUCCCUAAUAGCUAUGUUGCUUUGACAGUUUGAACGGAGAGGCCAAAGUUUUUUACUAUAGUAUUCCUAUUAAUUAUUCUGUUUGGGUUUGGGGUUUUUUUCCCUUUCUUACUGUCUUCCAUGUACCUACCCGCCCUCUGUGCUCCCUCUCUACCUCCCCUGAUGAAAUGCUAACAUUGGCCCUUCACUGAGCAUGGGCUGAGAAGCCUCUCGCACCUGAGCAUUUAGUGGCCAAUGCUGCUGCACAGUGCCAAUAGUCUUGCCUCUUCUGAGGCCUCCACCUCAUUCCUCUGGGGGAAGGAGUAAAGCAAAAGGACCUGCUCUGGCACCUAUCCUGCCCAAACACUGGCAGUGUGGCUAAAGCACUCCAUUUACAUUUAGUGAUGGUUCUCGAUACCUCAUGGAUUUACCCUCCGUCGAGAAACAAGUGAAAACAUUUCUUUCUCAUCUGUGGCCAUCUUUGCAAUGCUGUACAUUAUCAGCUAUUAAGAAUUGGCUUGUAGGAUAGUGUAGGAUAGAAGAUGCUACAAAGGAAGUAAAAACUAGCUGGUUUCUCGUGCCUGAUGUGAUACACUUCCCAGACCGGGUAAUGACUUCCAAAGAAGUACACAGUGAUUUCUCUAUCACCAGCUCACAGCUGCUUUAGUUCAUCUUUAAUGUGCAAUGUUAUCAGCUCAGUGCAGCAAAGACAAAGCACUUACUUACAUACCAGCCAGGAACAUACUGCUAUGGGUUAAUCUUCAUGAAAACCUGGGGUUCAUGUUUUUAAAUUCAUUCACAUACGCAUACAAACACAAGAAGACUGCAUCACAGCUUUCAAAAAGGAAAACAAAACCCUGUGCUUUUGACUACAAAUACAUUGUAUUAGGAAAGGGCUCUGCAAUAUAACUGUUUUGAAGAGCAACAAGCCCUCAUGUUCUCAGUAUGGAUCCAAUACCUGCCCUGGCAUCAUUAGCUUAGACAUUCUGUGUGAAAGGGGAAGGGAAGCCAUUUAAGGAGCAGCAGUGACAGAAAUCACAGGACUCAGCAGGCUGGUGGGAGGAAAAGGUGAGAUCUUUUCUUUUUCUUUUCUUCAUUUAUGGUUAGAAUGAAGAGGAAAGAGGUGGAGGAGAGUCCCCAGGGGAAUGGGUAGUCUGUGCGCAGUUUGGGGCCUACCACUGUCCCUUGUGGGUAUGGAUCCCAGCAGUGCCCACGCCUGCCUGUCUGGUAGCCUAAUAAAUAAACCCCAGGACACUGGUUGAGGCAUGUAUCUGCCAAGUCCUGGGUGAGGGCCAGACGUUCCCCAGCACCCUGCCUUCAUCUGGAUGGGCCUGAGGUACGUCCCUGCUGACCACUUGGCAAGUUGUCACUCUCAUCCUGCCUCAGGAUUCAUGCUGUCCCCAGGGCAGCUACUUGCAGCAAUGCCUUUUCCUUUUGUUUUCAAUUUAUGUUAACUCCUGGCUGAGCAGACACCAGGACACAGUGGAAGCACUGCCGUAUUUCUCCCAAAUUGGAAGUAGAGCUUAUUACUGAAAAGGGAAAGGGGGAGGAGUAAGAAGCCAUAAAAAGUGUUUGGCACCAUAGUAAGCAUCGCAGAACUGGCACUUCAUCUGGUUUUAGAUUCACUGGCUCUGGGUAUUUUGCAAAGUCAACCUUUGGCAAAGCACUCUUCAGCAACCCGAACACUGGGUUUGCAUACCCAUCUCCGGCAUCCAUGGGAAGUUGGAAGCACACUGGGGAAAGCUAGUCCUUUAUUUAAAAUCUGUUUUCUUGAGCACUUGUCUUCUCAUCUGUGGAAGCCAUCUCUAUCACAGCAAAGUAGCUAUGUUCUGUUGGGGUGAAGAAGAAACCAACAAGCAGUCAUGAUUUCCCCCCUUUCAGCCUGGAUUAUGUGUAGGACAUACAGAUGAUGGCAUUCCUGCUAAGAUUCUGUUAACACUGCAGUUAACACCAGUCAGCCUCAUUCCUAUUAGCAGGAGAUUAAUAGUAGUAAUAAAGACAUUACAUCAGGUUUAGAGAAUGGAAAAAUCAACGCAGAACAAAACUGGCUACUCCAGUCAUCCAUCUCCAGGGCUGAUAAUGGAGAUGAUAAUAUUGUAGAGUCAAGGAAGAAAAACAUUUGAUUAUAAUCUACCAAAUCCUGAUGGGUUAUUUGUACUUAAAAUGUGCAAGUAUUGUGACAUCUGUUCUACAGCCUGUGUAAAGAUGAAGUGGAAACGGGGGGAGCUGGGGAAGUGGUGGGGAUUGGAAAAGCUACUCCAAAAUGUCUAGAGAAAAGUUUUGAUUGUUUGAAAAAAAGCAAUGGUGAGGAAACACGAUGGUAGCAUCACCCUCCCACCUGCACCCUCGCCAGGAAGGACCUGGCACUGUAUUUAUGGCUAAUGGGGAGGGUGUCGGUGUUGCAGCUUUUCCCCAACCCUACGCCCCGCUGGUUACAUACUUGCAAGCUGAAGUGUCAGGCUGCAGGUUUGCUAGGACAGGCUCAGGCCAGCUUUUGUGUCUAGACGAUUCCUUGUGUGCACUGUGGACAUUACUGGAGGAGGACAGGGAAGGGGGGAAUGGAAUUUAAUAGACUUUGUUUAACUGAAGCAAUUUAGUGAGCCUAUUAAACAUCUUUCAGCCUAAUACUUCCACGUAAUCACAGCACUCUGUUAUCACUGCAACUUGUCACCAAACUCACCCUUCGUUAUUUCUACAGUGCCGUCUGUGCUGUGGAAACACUACAAACCCACAGAGGGGGAGCACGUCCAACAUGCCUAGCGAAAGCUUGCACUCAUAGAAAUAGAUGGGCGAGAUGGAAACCCACAGUUAGUUACACGUGAACGAGGGGCUCCCUAAUGUGCCUGCAAAUAAAAUCACUUUGUAUAAAUAGCCAUGGGAGAUGACUAGGCUAGUAAAAAAUCAGGAAAGAAAAAGGGGACAAAUGAUUUUUCCCAGGUGUUCAGUCUGCUCGAGCUUGGAACAACUUCUGUAAACAAAGAGGAGGUGAUGGGCACAUUACCUGUGUUCCCAUGUGUCUCAGUUACUCCUGCACCAGUUGCAUUUUCCAGUUGAUAUCCAAGUGUAUGUAUAUAGUUUGUCUUUGUAUAGGAGUGAGUGUGGUGGCUGUUAAUCGUGCUCUUCCAGUAUUGUAAUUUAACAGAUUAUGGCUGUAUGAAAAUGAUGUAAAUAACUAGAAAAAAAUUAAACUGGAUCUCUAUGUCCUAGGUUUUGUACAUACUGAAACUGCAUGGUAUUUAAAUUAUUGUUUGUCUCUGAUGUAUGCAGUUUCUUAAAAAAAAUUCAUUUAA